AUAUAGCAAGUAUUCUAAAUACCAAUGCCGUAGAAGAAGUUGGUGAUGCAGAUAAAGUUGGUGAUGUGGCUGCUAUUGAUAAUAAUGAGAUAGGUGCUGUAGCCAUAGUUAAUCCAGGUGUAAUAGUCAAUCUAGCAGUAGAUCUCGCAGGUGUCGUGGUAGAUCUCGCAGAUAUUGUGGUGAAUCUCGUUGGUGUUGUGGUGGAUCUCGCUUGUGUUGUGGUAGAUCUAUUAUGUCGUGCCAUGGUAGAUCGAUUAGGUGCUGUAGAACUAGAUGUAGGGAUAGGUAUAAUUGGCAUAGAAGAAGUAGAGCCUUCUGACUCAUUUCAACAAAGAGGGCAAAAGUCCCAAACUAUUAGUCCAAUUACUAAUACACUUUUUAUGAAAAAAUGUCGACAUGAUAAGAUAGUGACAGAUCAUUGA